GACUCACUAUUUCCAUAAUCCCUAUAAAAGGAGCACUGAUAUCAAACACAAAAAGCAAGAAAGACAGAAAACAACAACACAAAGAUGAGAACGUUCCGGGUGAUGAUGCUCUCUUUCUUGCUCGUUGCAAUAACAACAACAUCCGGUGUGGUUGGUGAGGGGACCGACGUGGUUUAUGACGGCGAAGGAGAUCCGGUUAAGCCCAACGUGCCGUAUUACAUCAGCUUCAUGACCUCGGACUACAACAUGUGGAUAUGCCGGAUGAAAUGGGGAUCUUCUGAUCCCAACGCAUGCCCAAAACAGCCGUUAAUGGUCACCAAUCCAAACAUGUCAGCACCCACACAAGUCAUGUUUGUAUUGGCAACCAAAUCAGAUGUCGUACGUGAAUCAGCAAAACUAAAGAUCAAGUUCGUGAAUCCCUGUCGUCAGUGUGGUGAGUCCGGGUUUUGGAGAGUAGUUCAGAGAGGCUCUUUAGAAGGUGAAGUAGUCCUCAACGGCUCUAAAUCUAAGUCAAACAAUGACAGUACGUUCGCCAUCCAUAAAACCAACGAAUACUACAAGUUCACUUUCGGUGACGACACUGACUCUCCAACGACUAUCAGUUUGAGCAACGAGUAUCCGAUAUAUAGGCUGCUCUCGAAGAGGUUGUCUGGCGAGAUGGAGAUUUAUUUCUACAAGAACAUGACGACUAUAAGUUAAGGCAAAAUGUUCCUUUUUGAUGUAAUGUUUUCAUUUUCAAACUCAAAAUAAAACUUCUUGUAAGAACAUGAAUACGACAUAAUAAAUGAUAUAGUAGCACAAGAAAGAACAAAACUUGGAGUCAUUUCCUAACAGAAUGAAGAGAUCAUGAGAAGGUUCAUUUA